UUGAGCUCAGGUCGUCCUUCUUAAGCCCGCAGAGUUAGUUGGUUAUUUGUUUGAGGAUGUUCGUGGCGGUACAAAGCCGGCAGCUGUCCGAGAACGAUCGCAGACUUUUGGCGAUGCAGGCCCUGUGCAGGACCCCCGACCAGGUGGCCUCCUUCCUCCCGGUGCUGGUGGAGUCCCCUCCGUUGCUGCCUCCUCCUCCGCCACCUGCUGCUGCUGCUCGUGGGCCGGCCUCGCUUCCUCCUCCCUCCUCCGCCGCCGCCGCCUCCUCUUCCACGCGCAGGCCCGCCGCCCGCUGGAGCACCAAACCGCGCACCGGCCCGCAGAUUCAGAACGUGACGUCAUCGGUGAAGCUGGGCUGCGAUCUGGAUCUGGAGUUCAUCGCUCGGAACUCGUGGAACGUGCAGCACCUCUCAACGGUCUUCAAGUCGCUCGUCAUGAAGAUCCGCAAGCCGCAGACCACGGCCAGGAUCUUCCAGUCGGGAAUCCUUUUCUGCACAGGAGCCAAGAGCGAGGACGAAUCUCGGGUGGCUGCCAGGAAGUUUGCCUUCAAAAUCCUGAAACUGGGCUACCCGGUACGCUUCCUGGACUUCAAGGUGCUCAACAUCGGCGGCACGUGCAAAACCUUCCCCAUCAAUCUGGAGGAGCUCUUCUCGGCCAACCAGGAUAACUGCAGUUACGAACCGGAGCUGUUUCCUGCUCUGCAGUACAACUUCCGGCCCGGCAUGACGGCGUCCAUCUUUUCCUCCGGCUCCGUCUCACUGGUCGGGGCUAAAACGGAGGACGAAUUCUACCGAGCCUUCGGAACCCUGGACACCAUCCUGAAAAACUUCCGGAGGACGUGAAUGACCCCCCCUCCCACUUGCGACAGUCGCCCGCGUUCUUAGUGUUAACGUAGCAUUAGCCGUGGCACCGUCGCUUAUGCCUCCCCUGAAAUAAAAGCAUAUAAUAUAUCCACAGCAUUACAUCAUAUAUCAUGAUGCCACUUAACUAAACAUCUGUUGUCACCCCGACGCUCAAACCGGAGCAAUCUUUGAUUGAGCAAAGUGUUGCUUUGCUGCUAAUUUAUUUUUUAGCUCGAAUGAUCAUCAACAAUUACAAGUUGCAUUGUGAUUGUUGAUUGCUGUCUUCUUGUUAAGAUGUAAUUAUUGUUAAGAUGUAAUAAAGUGCAAAAAGUAAAAAAAAAAAAAAAAAAAAAAAAAGGUGUCUUUUGUACUACCGCCACUAGAUAGCGCCAGAGUUUAGCAAAUCAACUUUGGACGCUUCAACCUCAAGGAGUCAAAAUAAAAGGUGUCCUUCGUACAACCACCACGAGAUGGCGCCAGAGACCAACGACGCGGUCCGGGAAGGAAAGCGGCACACUUGCCCCAGGCGGCCAAGAGGUGCACACAAUUCGUAGCGGCAAAAU